UCUCUGCUGCAGUCAUCUGCAGCUGCUGCGGGGAAAUGACGCCUUAAAACACAUCAAUAAUGUGCCUUAAGUGUCACAUCCACGGAUCGGCCGAGGUCUCCUUUCAUUCAACCGAGGAAUACUUUCAACAAGAGAUGGGAUGCAUGGAUAACAAUUAGGAAUUUGGUCCAAACAGGCAUAUUGAUCAAUUUGAGGAAAGAAGCAACAGGAGGGUUGUAUUCCAGCGGUCCUGUCGGUGCGUCCCUGCCGGGGCAUUAGAGACUUUCCCCCGGACCGGAGUUGUUGUUAUUUGACCAGAUAGAGAGGGGCAGAUCUGGGGGCAGAUCUGGGGGCAGAGGGGGAUCUAAAUGCGGCAGACGGGCGACCCUGCACCGGGAACCAUGAACAGCAGCGGCUCUGCCAACUUUCUGCUGGUCCCCAUACCGGAGUAUCCCCUGCUGGACUGCGUGCCCAACAAGACGGUGAAGAUCGUGGUGUUGGGAGCGAGCAACGUCGGGAAAACCGCAUUGAUUGUCAGGUUUCUGACCAAGCGCUUCAUUGGGGAUUAUGAAGCAAACACAGGGGCGCUCUACUCCAGAAAGGUCACGCUGGAUGGGGAGGAAGUGUCGCUUCAGAUCCAGGACACACCCUGUGUGUCUCUCCAGGACGAUGCCGAAGGCCUGUACUGCCAGGAGCAGAUCAACAGGUCGAUCUACUGGGCAGAUGGGUACGUGCUGGUGUUCUCCAUCACAGACCACAACAGCUACCGCACCAUCCAGCCUCUGUACCAGCACGUCAGGCGCAUACAUCCCUCUGGAAACAUACCCGUCAUACUGGUUGGCAACAAGAGCGACCUGCUCCGAGCCCGACAAGUGCCUGCAGAUGAAGGCGAGACGCUAGCAGCUUCACUAGGAGGGGUUUACUUUGAGGCCUCGGCCAGGGAGAACCACGAGGGAGUCCACGCCGCCUUCCUCCAUCUCUGCCAGGAGGUGAUUCGAGCCCUCGGGGGUGGAAACGGCGAGAAAAGGAGGGGAGGCCUCCACCUGGCCAGGCCCAAAUCUCCCAACAUGCAGGAGCUGAAGCGGAGGUUCAGGCAGGUCCUUUCCUCCAAAGUCAAGUCAGCCACGACUAUCUGAUCAGGGGUGGGGAUGGACACCGACGACAUGCAGCAGCCAGACAAGAAGCAGCAUCAAAGUUGUGUGGAAAUAAAAAAGGGUUGAGGAGAAACCACAGGAGGAGAGAUUGAAGAGUUGGGACCUCUGAGUUCGGGGUUUGAGGCCAUUCGUGACAUGAAAAUGCGGGGCUGAGCCGCUCUGAAGUGAUCAAAGCAUUUCAAAGGGCACAAGGAGUCCUCCUGAGAUGAACGGAUAAAGGCAGCGACUGAAUGGAGCUCUUUUUGGCAGCCGAGCUGCUCUGGACAAGACUCGCCGUCAGGAGGACCUCCUCCCAGGAUGAACAAGGACGCGGCUCAAACGAGACUCGUCGAACACUGAAACCUUGACAUGUCUCUCGUUAAGAGCAGUGAAGAAGUCCGACACAUGAGAGCAGUUAUUGUAUUGAUCUCAGAGCUGAAUGCACCAGACUGAUGUGAAAUGAAAUGAUUAAAAAACACAACAAAGACUUGAAUCUGUGAUCCAGACGUGCCAUGUGUCACACUGAUAAUAUGACCCAAUUUCAUACUUUAUGUCCCACUUGUUGCUCUUACUUACAUUUUGGUUUUAAUUGCUGUUCUCUUUAUUUUGGGAAUGAAAUUAUACUUUAAAUAUGUCCUGUUUUUUUCUUCUUUUUUUAUAUAUAUACUUCAAGUUGCUCCACAUAAAAACGAUGCUAUUAACAGUUUCUAAAGUCGAUUAAAAAAGAUGUGAAUCGUUGUCCUGUCUAUUGCAUAUUGGAUUUAAAAGCAAAACAGGAAAUGACCCCACAAUGCAACUGUUCAAGGCUGCAGACCGAAACAUCUGCAGCAGGAAGGAAAUCUCUCCUUCACAAAACAAGCAGAGCGACCUCCAGAUGUACGUAUAUGAACCCUGAAAUAUAUGAAAUAGGAGCCAGUUGCAACAUGUUUUUUUUUUGGUCAGGCUUGAAAAAAAUGAAAGUAGAUAAAAAGAGCAGGCUUAACUUGAUUACUUUAGGUUCAAAAUUGCACCCAUUACAUUUCCAAGGAAAGUUGAACAUAUUGAGAACAGCUGGAUCAAAUCAUUGACUAUUUAAAUGUUUUUCAUUCAAGAUUCCAUCAAAUGAUAACAUUGUGGUAGAAGUCGCAUUUUCAAACAAAUCUAACAUAAUUGACUUUAAAAUUCAAUUUGGAUUCAGUUAAAUUGAAUCAUUUUUAAUAUUGGAAUCCAAGUACUUCCAUAGCUUCAGUUUGUCAACAGCUCAGUCUACGGAUUUGCAUGUAUCAGCAUCCUGAAUUUUCAUUUUAUCCAAGCUUUAGUCAUAUAUGUUAGUUAAUUAUAUUUAUUUACUUUGCAAACGCAGUCAUUUAACUAUCUGUGGAUGUCAGAUUUACAGUACGGUUCUGCUGCUUUUCUUGACGCCUUGGCAGUGGUGGACAGUAACGGAGUAAAUUUACUUGAGUACUGUACUUAAGUACAUAUCCAGAGGAUUUGUACUUUACUUGAGUAUUAGAUUUCUUUGGUACUUAUUACUCUUACUUGAAUACAUUUCCAAGACAAAUAUUUUUACUUUUACUCGAGUAAAUUUCUAGGAAGGCUGAAAAGUACUCGUUACUUUCAGGUCUGCUCUUUUUUCUUCUUCCCUAAAAUCCUAUUGGACACAAGCUGUUUUUGUCAAAGGAGGAGACCUAUCACAGUGCACGCUC